GUGUGUUUGAAGGGUCUGCAUGCAGAGUGUAGAGAAUCCCAAAUGAAGGGAUCGAUUUUUUUUUGACCAUGACUCGCAUUUCUUUAGACGAGUCUUGUUGAAAGAAACUUGGACGUUGUUUUGUGGCACUGCUUUGCCGCCUUUCCCAUGGUGCAGGGGAUGGUAUGCCUCCCACAGGCACCUAUUGGCCAUACUCAUCAUGCUGCCAAAUGGCACAUUCCGUCCAGAGUGCCAAAGAAUGCUGGACCGGUGCCGGCCACUGCUGCUGUGAUGCUGGCAGCGACACAAAGAGCAUGGGCAUCGAAACCUUCGAAAUCGCAGAAGGAAUCGCAGAAGGAAUCGCUUGAGGAGGUGAUUUUGGCUUUGAUGUCUUUGACAUCUUUGACUCGGCGUCGCGACUCUCGCAGUAUCAUCGCCCAGCUGGAGAAGCUACGGAUGCUGCGAAGGGAAACGAUGACUUGGCAGGCGGCUGCUAAGCUUCUGGACGCCUUGGAGAAAGUCCUUGAUUCGUCUCCUUCGUUGGGGCCACCGUUGCCUUUGGAUGCUUGUGUCACGGCUUUGAUCGCAGCAGCCAAUGCACAAGCUUUGCAGAGACGAAAACUCUCUGCGGAGAGACUAGACGUCUUCUGCCAAGCACUGGAGAGGAGCUUAAGUGCAACGGAACCUAGUGAGGCCCGUGAGCCUAGUGAGAUCGAGCGGCUUCCAGACCUGCUGUCGUAUGGUCUGUGGGCAUUGGUCAAACUUGGGGAUCGUGGUUCGUUUGUGCUGCAGCGAUUGUUGCAGAGGUCCGUAGCAGAGAUGCAGCGAUUUGAAUCUGCUCAUCUGUCACGACUAGUUUGGUCCUUAGCAACAGCCACCAUACGUGAUGGUCAGAUCUUGUCGUCCCUGGCACAGCGCACGCAACAAGUGCGGUUGCAUCCACAAUUGGGCCUUGCAAUGUUGGCCUGGUCGUUUGCGAAGCUUCGCUUCAAGGAGGCGGGCUUGAUGGAAUCGAUCAGUUCGCAUGCCUGUGGCCAUGUCAAACUCUUCAAAAUUAGCGAGCUCUCGAACAUCACCUGGGCCUUUGCAACUCAGCAGGUGCCCUUCGCCACUGCAAGUCCGCUCUUUUCCGCUAUAUCUGAAACAGCAGUGAGAGGGUUGGAGAAGUUCAAACAUCAAGAAUUGGCUAUGCUACUUUGGUCUUAUGCCAAAUUAAAAAUUGUGGAGCGCAAACUGAUCUCUGCAGCAUCUGAAGAUGUGUUGAAGCGAAUUUCACCUGAGGCGGGUGGGGCUUUGCGCGCUCAACAUUUGGCCAACUUCGCUUGGGCCUUUGCCAAGAUGCGAUCAGAUCGAUCAGAUCCGUCGGAUCCGUCGGAUCUGGAUCCGUCGGAGGUGGUGAUGCGUUUGGCCGUGCUGGCGCUGCAACGCGCGGAGGAGUUGAAGCCUUUGGAGUUGGCCAGUCUCGUUUGGGCCUUGGCACAGAGUAACGGUGCCAGCACAGCCAGCACUCGCUUGGCCAUGCACCUCACAAAGGAAGCCAGCACCAGGAGGAUGAAACCUCAGGAACUCUGCAAUCUCCUCUGGUCAGCAGCAACCUUGGCAUUUCACCAACAAGAGGUGCUGAAGACCUUGACAGCGAAGCUCGAUUGGCAAACCACCAACCAAUUUGGCAUUUUGGAUUUGGCAAAUGCUUCCUGGGCCCUUGCAAAAUUGCAGCAGGAUGAUUUCGAAGUCUUUCAUCGUUUGCAAAAACAGCUGGAUUGCCAUCUUCAGGAUGCCACGCCACAGCAGUUGUCCAACCUUGCCUGGGCCUUCGCUACAGUCAGCAUUGUCGAUGGAGUCGCUGGUGUCGAUGGUGUCGAUGGUCACACCACCAUGGCGAGGAUUGCCAACGAAGCUCAAGAUCGCAUCCCUCAGUUUUCUUCGCAAGGCUUGGCAAAUCUAGUGUGGGCCCUGGCGAACCAGAAUGUGAAGUGCGAUGCUUUCUUUCAGGCGGUUGGCGAUCGGUUGGUCUUGAAGUUGGAUGAUUGCCAGGGUUCCGAUGCGCUAGCUUGGGCUGUAGACAUAGCGCAAAUCGUCAAGUCUUUUAAUGAUAUCUCGUUUCACCACCCUUGUGUAUCGUGGUCAACACAUGCCCUGCCCCGUGUGGGAUCGGAUUUGGAUCGCCGUCUGCGUGCUUUGGAAGAGAUACCGACACAUCCGACACAGAAACUUGAGAAAUCUGACAUCUCUGACAUCUCGAAGUCUGAAUCCGUCGGAUCGCCCAAGGUGCUUUGGGAGAGCGAGGAUCGUUGUGUUCUUCUGAAGCCACCAGGGUGGCAAGUGGAUACUGAGGGCACAGAGGAAGACUUCAUUGAGAGAACUCAUGCUACUCGCGAAAUGCUUUCGCAAUUUAUGGCAUCUAGCUAUGCAACAGUGAAAUAUCCCAUUUUGGCGGAUAUAAAAUGUAAAAACGGUUUUCUGCAUCGGUUGGACGUGCCAUCUUCUGGACUUAUUUUGGUUGCAAAGAAGUACAACGCAUACUUCGACCUUCUAAUGCAGCUACAUCGUGGGGAGAUUCACCGAGACUAUUUAGUACUUCUGCACGGUUUAGCCCAGCGGAAAGUCGUGGCAGUGCGCCUCGCGAAGGAAGCCCUGACCAGUUGGUCAGGUCGGCAACACGUUGUGAAAGAUUUUUUCCACGGCAACGAGAAACAGGGAAAAAAAAUCAAGAGCUUAAAGAAAGGAAAGCCCUCCUUGACUGAGCUGCGGGUGGGAGGAUGGGCAGCUACCCGAGAGGGUGGCAGCCUAUCCCUGGCAGCCAUUCGAAUCGGUUCCGGACGUCGGCAUCAAAUCCGAGUUCACAUGGCUCAUAUUGGACAUCCAAGUGUAACUGAUGGAAGAUACACGACGGAGGAAACUUUUUUUGAGGAUCAGCAAUGGUGCGAGCGAAACUUCUUGCACCGUUUCGGUAUUGGCUUUAAAGAUUCGGAUGGCUUGCAGAGCACCAUUUGUGAGCUUCCUGAGGACCUUUGUGCAGCUCUUUGGCAGCUCAGACCCUGGGACAUGCAGAGUGCUGAAACGAUGGAUCUUUGGCAGUCCAUCGGACCCAUCGAUACUGAACCGACGUUAUCCUCGUUAUCGUCCCCGUUGACUUGGGAAGAUAUGCCAUUGCUUCAAAAGCGUGCUGCUUGCAUUCCUUGAGACAGCCUGACUCAGUUCCG